CAACAAGGAACACCCAGUUGUAAACAAAUGCGUUACGUGCAAUAUGGCGUUCAGCAAGUUGUAAUAAGGGAAGAUAAUGUUACGACUAAUUGUUGGAGCUGCCAGAGUUUUUGGCGUAGCAGGAAACAGAGGCAGUGCCAGGCUAUUUAGAAAUGUGGUUCCUACACAACAGAAAACAUAUGGUACACUGAGUCCACAGCUCCAGUCAUUACAGCCAUGCUUUACGAGCUGCAACACCUCACUUGCUCUCAUAGCAAAGUCACAGUUGUUGAGUGAUACUGUACAGCAAAGGACCCUAAACUUACAACAACCUCAGAUUAGGACAGUCACAAAGUUUUCUCUCAAGAAGGGCAAGAGGAAGACGGUGAAAGCAGUAAUAAGACGCUUCUUCCGAUUGUCCUGGGGCGGUUGGAUCCGCACACGUGCUGGGCGUUUCAGACAUUUAUGGAGAAAGUCGGAGUACCAGAAAUAUCGUUACAGACAGCAUAUCUUCUGCAAUGCAACACAGUGUACGCUGCUUGAUAAGAUGGUUACUAAAUACUGGAAAAGACGGAGAUAUUAUGUAGAUGAUCCAUAUGAACCAUACCAUACAAGAGAAGAAUUUCCAUACACAAGAAAGAAGCCUCUUCCACCCCCACCACGUUAAACCACACUUAACCUUGUGAUAGCUGUUUCAGUACUGCUUGUAAUAAGCUAUUAAACUAAUGUGGAAUAAAAAAUAGUAUAACUACGUCACAUGUGCAAUUACUAAUUUCUCCCCCUACAGGGAUAGCUUUACUUUUUACUUUUACUUAAGAGAAUCAUAUUUCAGUAAAUGUAAAAGAACUUGUUGAUCCUUUCUGGGCUGUAGUGUAUGAAUUACUUCAAGAAGAUACUGUUCAUUUUGUAUACAGUCACAAAAUAAAUAUUUUAACAUGUC